UCUCUCGGCAGCCCCUCGGCAGGCAGCCCUGGGCAGCGGGAGCAGGAUUUUUCUGGGGGAUUAAGGUUGCUCUGACUCCGUGGCAUCGGGGGAGCUCAGUCAUGGCUUCCAAGCGCACAGCUUCUUCCUUGAAGCAGCCAGAGAGCAGGGAAAAGAAACUGAAAGGGGAAGAAGAGGAUGACACCUGGAGCUCCACCUUGGCAACCUUGAAAACUGCUACCAAGGAGAAACAGCCUGCCACAAUUGAUGGACUGUGCCCCCUGAGCACAGCACCAGGUGCUCGGGUCUAUGAGGACUAUGACUGCACCCUGAACCAGACCAAUAUCAGCACCAACAACAACAAGUUCUACAUCAUCCAGCUCCUUGAGCAUGAUGGUGCCUACAGCAUCUGGACCCGCUGGGGCCGCGUGGGGGAGGCAGGCCAGUUCAAGCUCAUGCCCUGUGCCUCCCUGGAAGCUGCCAAGAAGGACUUUGAGAAGAAAUUUCGGGAGAAGACCAAGAACAGCUGGGCAACAAGGGAGAACUUCAUUGCCCAGCCGGGGAAGUACACGCUCAUUGAGGUGCAGCCAGGGGCUGGGCAGGAGGUGGAGGCUGUCCUCAGGGUGGAUACCAUGGAUGGGGGCAAGGUCUGCAAGCAGCGGGUGCUGCCCUGCACCUUGGACAGAGCCACACAGGACCUGGUGUCCCUCAUCUUCAGCAGUGACAUGUUCCAGGAUGCCAUGCAGACCAUGAAUAUCGAUGUGAAAAAGAUGCCUCUGGGGAAGCUGAGCAAGCAGCAGAUUGCGAGGGGCUUUGAGGCACUGGAUGAGCUGGAGGCAGUGCUGAGGGAGCAGCCCCCCCAGGCCUCUCGCCUGGAGGAGCUCUCCUCACGCUUCUACACCAUCAUCCCACACAACUUUGGACGAGCGCGGCCACCCCCCAUCAACUCCCCUGACCUGCUGCGUGCCAAGAAGGACAUGCUGUUGGUGCUGGCUGACAUUGAGGUGGCACAGAGCCUGCAGGCACAGAAAGUGAAGGAGGAGGAGGAGGAGGAGAAAGAAGUUGUCCAUCCGCUGGAUCAGGAUUAUGCCCUGCUCUGCUGCCAGCUCUCCCUGCUGGACCCGGCUUCCCAGGAAUACCAGCUGAUCCAAACCUACGUGGAGCAGACCGGUCACAAACUCCACAUCCUCAAUAUCUGGCAGGUGGCCCGAGAUGGUGAGGAUGAGCGUUUCAAGGCCCAUGACGUCCUGGAGCACCGGCGCCUGCUUUGGCAUGGCACCAACGUGGCGGUGGUGGCGGCCAUCCUGAAGAGUGGGCUGCGCAUCAUGCCCCACUCAGGCGGGCGCGUGGGCAAGGGCAUCUACUUCGCCUCCGAGAACAGCAAAUCAGCCAGCUAUGUGGGCUGUACAUCUGAGAGGGUUGGCAUCAUGUUCCUGACGGAGGUGGCCCUGGGCAAGCCCUACCGCAUCACCCGCGAUGACCCCACGCUGUGUCAGCCACCUGCUGGCUAUGACAGUGUCCUGGCCUGUGGCCAGACAGAGCCAGAUCCUGCACAGGAUAAGGAGAUGCUGAUGGAUGGCAAAAAGGUGCUGGUGUGCCAGGGCAAGCCCAUCUGCAUACCUGCCUACAAGGACUCCUCCUUCAGCCAGAGCGAGUACCUCAUCUACCAGGAAAGCCAAUGCCGGAUCCGCUACCUUGUCCAGAUCCGCUUCUGA